AAACUUGGGGACCCACGCUGGAGCGACGUGCUGCUUUUGAACCGGAAGCGGGAGGGCGUGCGUGGAAAAGCUGCAGAGUGAUCCGUGGACGCGGGAAAAGGCGGUUUGUAGACAAGAUGCAGCGACGGUGAGGAUGUAUGUUCUGAAGUCUUAAACCAUGAGUCUAGCACUUAAUGAUUUGCUCAUUUGCUGCCGGCAAUUAGAACAUGAUAGAGCUACAGAACGAAGGAAAGAAGUGGAGAAAUUCAAGCGUCUGAUUCAGGAUCCUGAAACAGUCCAACACCUAGAUAGGCAUUCAGAUUCCAAACAGGGGAACUAUCUGAAUUGGGAUGCUGUUUUCAGGUUUUUGCAGAAUUAUAUUAAAAAAGAAACAGAAUGUCUGAGAACCGCAAAAUCAAAUGUAUCAGCCUCCACACAGACCUCCAGACAGAAAAAGAUGCAAGAGAUCAGCAGUUUGGUCAGAUACUUCAUCAAAUGUGCAAAUAAGAGUAAGCAACAUUAUGUAUUACACACACACAUGCUUCAGGAGUUACUAUAGCAUAAACUUGAUCUUAAUACAGUAGCAUAAAAAUUAAGUACUGACUGAAAUUCCUGGCAAAUAUACUGACUUAGUACUAUUGGUUCAGAAUUUGGGGGAAUUUAGCAUAAAAUGGUAAGCUUGAAAAUUAUUGCUUCAAUUCCCCCAUGUCUUUAGACAGUGGCAGUAAGUAUCACCUUAAGGAUUCAC